AUGUCGUGCCGCCCGUCAACACUGCAGUGCAGCCGAGGCCUCCGAGCCACGUCGCCGCAGCACCUGCACGAGGUCACCCUCUACACCAAGCACGACUGCCCGCUGUGCCACAAGGCCAAAGCCGUGCCGUUUGAGCUGAAGGAGGUGGACAUCCUCAAGUGCGAUGAGGAGACAAUGCACCGCUACUGCUUCCACAUCCCCGUCGUACACCUCAACGGUUCGAAAACGCCCUACAUGUAUACCCUCAACCCCAGUUGA